AUGGUGCCUGUCCUGCUGUCCCUGCCUCUCCUUCUGGGUCCUGCAGUCCUUCAGGAGACUGGGCCUUACUCUCUGGUUUUCCUCUACACCGGCUUGUCCAGGCCCAGCAAAGGCUUCCCCAGGUUUCAAGCCACUGCGUUUCUCAAUGACCAGACCUUCUUCAGGUACAACAGCAACAGCAGGAAGGCGGAGCCCGUAGGGCCCUGGAGCCAGGUAGAAGGAAUGGAGGACUGGGAGAAGGAGAGCCAGCUUCAGAGGGCCAGGGAGGAGAUCUUCCUCGUGACCCUGAAAGACAUCAUGGACUAUUAUGAGGACAGCGCAGGGUCUCACACCUUCCAGGGAAUGUUCGGUUGUGAGCUGUCAAACAACAGAAGCAGUGGAGCGUUCUGGAGGUAUGCCUACGAUGGACAGGAUUUCAUCGAAUUCAACAAAGAAAUCCCAGCCUGGAUCCCCUUAGACCCCGCAGCUGCGAACACCAAGCAGAAGUGGGAAGCAGAAAAAGUCUAUGUGCAGCGAGCCAAGGCAUACCUGGAGGAGGAGUGUCCUGCAAUGCUGAAGAGGUACCUGAGCUACAGCAGAUCUCACCUGGACCAAAAAGACCCUCCCACUGUGACCAUCACCAGCCGUGCAACGCCAGGAAGAAACAGGAUAUUCAAAUGCCUGGCCUAUGACUUCUACCCUCAAGGAAUUAGACUACACUGGAACCAGGCCGGCAAGAUGCCAGCAUCUGAAUCAAGAGGUGUUUUUCCCAGUGGAAAUGGCACGUACCUAUCCUGGGUGGAGGUGGAAGUCCCUGCUCAGGACAGAGACCCCUACUUCUGCCACGUGGAACACAGUGGACUGUCCCAAUCUCUCUCGGUGCAGUGGGAUGAGACAAAGAGAGCAAAAGCCGAAAGCAAGGUGGCAACCCGGCCUCAGUAAGUCCCUCUCUCUGCGUGACGUGAGAGAGGUGAACUUCAGAAGUCAUUGUCACCCACAAGCCUUCCAUGGGCAGCUGCACAACAGCCAACAAAAAUCCAAGGAACAGGUGUGAGGACAGAAGACUUCAAUACCAACCACUGGGUUUACGCUCAACGUCAAAUCACCUGGUCUUGUGACACUCCUUACGGAUGAACCUGUAAGCCCUCACAGUGACCCUCAUGCCUGGCACUGUAUAGGAAGGUCUUUUAA